AUGUACAUAUAUUUAGUUUGUCUUAUUUGUGUUGGACAAAACUUCUAUACUGAAUUAAGAAGUAAAUUAGAACCAACAUUACGCGGUUAUAAACAAAUGUCAAUUGAUGCUGAUUUAUGCUAUGAUCGAAUGAGUAUUGAUCAAUUUUCACAUGAUGUUCCUAAAGCAAUUGAAUGUAUAUCACAUGAUCAACAACAUGAAACAAGACGUUAUAGUGGUAUAACUAUCUUAAGAGAAAUUGCUCUUGUUGCUUCAUCAAGUUAUUAUCAUUUAAUAACACCUGUCAAACAAUUUUUUGAACACCUUUUCGUUACCGUAACAGAUCCAAAAGAAUCUUGCUGA